GACCCCACUACCACAUCCGGGACAUUCAGCGGUUUCACAUAUCAGUUGGUUCAGCUGUCAAGACUUUCCUGCAUGUGAAGAAGGUCCGCCGGCAGCUCUUCUGGUUUUAACUUCAGUUUUCGAGAGAGGAGAUGGCGCUGAUGGGAAUUCAGCUGGUGGUCAGCUUGCUGGCUGCCAGCAUUAUGCAGAGGAUGGCUCCACAUUGCUCAUUUGCACGGUGGCUUCUCUGCAAUGGCAGUUUGUACCGGUUCAAACACCCUUCAGAAGGAGAGCUGUGUGCACUGGCUGGAAAGCAGAUGCCCAAACCCAACCGGAGAGACAGAAGACAGAAUGGGGAGACCAAGCCUCUCACUGUGCCCAGGGACAUCAACCUUCACCUGGAGAAAGCUCCAGUCAAUGCCAUUGAUGCCCUUGUGCUGCGUUUUUUCCUGGAGUACCAGUGGCUGGUAGAUUUUGCAGUCUACGCAACAGGUGUCUUCUUGUUCACUGAGUGUUACUACAGUGUUGUAGAUGCCAGAAAAGAGGUCAAUAUCGGAGCCAUCUGGUGCGUCCUGACUGUUCUCUUUGGCCUAAAAACUCUUCACACUCUCAUGAGCCACUACUUCCGCUCUGAAGAGGGUGGUGAGCGCUCAGUCUGCCUUGCCUUUGGCUUCUUGUCUCUACUUGUGGCCAUGCUGGUGCUGGUGGUCAAAGAGGACUACCUGGAGUUUGGCUUGGAGUCAGGCUUUUCCAGUCUCUUUGACAAUUUGGAAAUUUUUGCUAAACAGCAGGGCUAUGCUGAUUGGUCAAUCCCUGUGACCAAGCUGACAGUGAAGCUCGGUCUGGCUGCUGUCUGUGCUUACAUCGGUUCACUCCUGGCUUUCCCUGGCCUGCGACUUGCUCAGACUCAUCUAGAUGCUGUACAGAUGAACACAGACCGCCCACUCAUCCAGAUUCUGCUGCAUAUGAGUUUCCUUUCUCCAGUCAUUGUGUUGGUUCUGUGGGUAAAACCCAUUGCAAGGGACUUCCUGGCCAAUGCACCUAUGGGAAAGACCUCUAUCACAAUAGUGUCCAGUGCAAUGUUCGACAGCAUGCGCCUGUGGAUCAUCGUGGCAUUGUGUGUGCUGCGGCUAGCAUUGACUCGUUACCACAUGCAGGCCUACCUCAAUCUGGCUCAGAAGUGGGUGGAGCAGAUGAAGAAGGAAGCGGGACGUAUUGCUGCGAUUGAUAUUCAGAGAAAGGUCACGCGUAUCUUUUGCUACCUGACUGUAGUUACACUCCAGUAUUUGGUUCCUAUUUUUCUGAUCCUGUUCUCCACACUGGCACUCAAGGCACUUGGGGACUUUUCCUGGGGGGCUGGUGCAGAGGACACCCCUGGGGUGACACCAGCCCUGGUGAUGCCCACCGCAGCACCUGUGCUGCACGGUGGUCUCGAUGAAGAUGAAGAGGGGGUGGAGGAUAUGGAGGAGGACAUACAGGCCACAGUAGCACGCCUUUCAGAGACCUUUACUGCACUGCGGUCUGUCCUAACUCCAGUGUUCUUCCGAGGUUUCUUUGCCUUCCUCACGUGGUGGGUGGCUGCCUGUCAGGUCAUCAGUUCUUUGUUUGGAAUCUACUUCCACCAGUACCUUAUGCAGAACUAACUGAGAAGUGCCAUUCAGCUCUACCUGCAGUGCAAGUCCAGCCCUCAGCUGUUGCUAUGCUGUCACAAAGGAAAGCUGCAGACGGCAAAAGGGACAUUUCAUUUAAAACACACAACUACAGA